AACUCGCGACGCAUAACAGAAAUGCUUCCUGCUUCGCAUCGCAUUAAAAAAAAACUCGCGACGGACUACAUAAAUGCUGUGCUUUGCACCGCAUUAAAAACAAUAUUUGUAAUGAAGAGAGAUUUAAUGACUAGAAAAAUUAAAUUUCUCGCCUUCUUCUUUCCAAUAAUGUAAAACACAUUCUAUCUAUUGUAAAGGGAACAUAGCUUCUUUUUAAUAUAGAAGUGUUAUUGUGUCGUCCUAGAAAGUCUUAUCAAAAAUAUUACGAUGAUCUCUGCUUAUUCUGGACUAUAUAUUAACAAGCGCAGAAGUUCAUACACCAUAUGGUAUGAUCUUGACACCUCGUUGUUUUUAAUCAAAAUAGCUUUGUCACGUUUCCCAUUUCAAUUGAACAAGACUCUCAUUGAAAGCUUCUGACAGUAUUAUAAUUACCUGAACAUUUUCAUAUGGUGUGCAUAUCCAAAAAGAUUAUUGUUCUGAACAAUUGAUAAAUCUCGAGAGAAAAAGGAUUUUUUUUGAUGUAACAGUUUUUAGAUAGGCUGAAAGUUAAUCAGAUAGUAUUGUAAAUUCAAAUGAACACUUCAAAACAUUUCAAUUAGUUUUAUUCUAAAAAAAACGUACUCUGUAUCCAUCAUACAUAUGAUGCCAUUCAAAAUUUCCUUAAGAAUACAGCUAUCAGCUUCUGGUUUUAAUUUAUUAUAUUGAUUAAAGUUAAGUUCACAGGAAAAUGAGAAGGUUCUUCUUCCUAAAUGGAUCAUCUAUGAAAUUUACUAUUCUUAUCUCUAAUAAUUGUAGGUUACUUGUGUGACUCAAGUUUUAUUUUUAGAGUAUAUCAUCAUAUUUAAUUAACUUUCUGUUUCUUUUAUUUCUACGAAAAACAAACUUUUAAUAAGAAAUAUUUUACAAUAGGAACGUAUGCAAACAAUAAUUCGUCAUGUGGUGCGUGCAAGUAAACAUAAAUUAGCUCGUGAAGCUGGACAGUUCGGUUUAUUUGGUUGUGAUUUUUUACUUGAUGAAAAUUUCCGUAUAUGGCUUUUAGAAAUAAACGAUAAUCCCGGUGUUGGAUGGGGCAAUCCUCGAUUGAAUACAACAACAAAACCUUUAUUUGAAGAAACACUUGAUAUUGUUUUUGAAUGUUUUGAAAAAUUUAAAAACAAUGAAUCAUUAUUACCAAUAGAAUGUUUAAAAAAUUAUAAACUUAUCUAUAAUGAAGACGACGAUGUUGAUAGACUUUUACGUGAUGAUAAUCAAUUGUUUAGUGAUCGUCUAUCAAUUCGAUAUGCAACAAAAGAUGUAUUAGCACGUCCAAGUUUUCAUCGAACAUUGAUACAAACUAAUGCAAGUCGAAUAAUAGCCAAUCAAGUUGUUGAUAAUAAUAAUAAUGUUAUCCUUCCAUUAGAUAUCAUGACUGAUUCAAAUUCUUCUGUAGGUGCUGUAAUACCUUUGAGGUCAACAAACGCUGAUGGAAUCCUUACCAGCUCAUCUGUAAUUGGUACAGCAUCAGUAAACUUACAUAUGUCUACUAAAACUCCUGAUACAGAUGCAACAAUUGAGCCAUUGAAACAUGAAGAUGAUAUUGCAUUAGAACAUUUAAUGAAAUCAAAAAAGGUGGAAAAAAAAUCGAAAACAAAACCUUUAAUAUCCAUGUCAACAACGUCGAUGAGUAGAGUAAAUAUUAAAGCCAAUAAAAUAAGCGUUAAACGAAAUCUUUCGACAUCGAAUACACUUUAUAUGCAACGGAAAAAACGUCUUGAUUUAACGCCAAUCAUCGUUGAUAAGAAACGCUAUGUACAUCGAAAUGGUAUCAUACCUAUUUCGACGGAAACAACUAAGAAAGAAGAUAACAUACCAAACAAUGAAGUUAUUCGUCCAGCAGAAUUACAAAAUGACAUUGAGAAUCAAGAAAAUCAAUCAGUUAUCACAUCAAUAACAAAUAUUAUUCCCCUAAAGUUUAGUUCUUAG